GAGCCACGCUUGUGGAGUUCGAUUUGAUGAGUAGCCGCCUUUCUGGUGGCUUGAUCUCAUUUUUCAUUCUUCAUUCUUUCGGCCAAUUUCCUGAACGAUAGUGCACAUAGUUUGACGCUAAAGUAGAUUGGGAGAGGAUGAAAAUGCGGCGUCGUGCCUGCCACGCGGCAGGAUGUCUUACUGUUGCUUGCGUGGCCGAAGGUACUCAGAGCAAUGGCAUUGGCAAGGUUCUGGAAAUGCUUGCUACUAUGAAGAAGAAAAGCGUAGAGGAGCAACAGGCGGAGAAAGUAACGUUCGCGAAGUUCUCGCAAUGGUGUGAUGAUACCAAGACCGAACUAUCAGCAGCAAUAAAGAAGGGAGGGCAAAUGAUAGACGAAUAUACGGGAGCAAUCGCCAUGAACGAAGGAAAAGCAUCAGAACUCGCAAGCGAAAUAGAAGCACUAGCAAGUACCACGAUUAUACAACUUCAUCUUUCUACAACGUACAACUAGUGGUAGAUGAAUCAAUUCAUGUCUCUGCGACGAAGAUGAUGGUCAUCACUUCUUGGUCAUCUGCUUUUGAUUGGAUAUUUGAAGCAAAUCGCUUGGUCAUCUGGUUGGAUCAUUGUUCGGCAUCAGUCAGCUCGAUUGAUGACAAUUUGUAGUCGUGUGCACCCACGAAAAAACUAGUUGCACACUAUGGAUUGUCUUCAACGAAAACUGACUGAUGCCAUGCUGCUAUUGUAGUACUGAUCUCUGCGAGUUACGUCUGAGAAGAUUCUAGUAGAACUAGUACUAGUAGGCUACUAAUUAGACUUAAAACCGCCCCCCUAUGUCGUGCACGACCACGCGUAGAAUCUGUGUCACCAGUACCUCUACCACCGUUGAAAAAUGCUUUUAAUAUCCACUUCAGCCGAAGCAGCAGCACUAGAGGAGAAAAAGAAGACUGAAAUCGAUAGGCGAAAUGCCGAGUCCCACGAAGCAGCCCAAGUUAAAGCCGAAAUCCAAGAGAACAUAGUGGCAGUCGGAAAGGCUAUUGAUGUACUCAAUUAUGGCGGUUGUUGUUGCGAAUGGUGGAUAAAUAAACGAGCAGCUUACAGAUGGAGGAGGCCUCUACCUCACUUCCACGGCAAAUUGACGUUGUCGACAUUGAGAGAGAUGUGACUUUUGUAUUCUCCUCAUGUAUGAUGGCACCUAGCAUAGCGCGUUCACAAAAUGAAUCAAAGCACAAGUAGUUUUCGCGCUCCCCUUGUCUUUAGUCGUAGUCCAAUUUACCGUGAGGUUGUUGGCCCGCUCUCUCUAAUUUGAGGCGCAGCCAAAGACCGUAAGCCUAGCACAGACACGCAAGACCGCUCUUAUGCAGAUGGAGUCCUCGUCCAAGAUGACCCGACGACAAAAAGACCUCGUCAGCCUUCUCGUCACUGGUACUACUACUGGAUUUAGAUUUUUUAGAUUUUACUUUGACGGAAAAUACGAUUGAGAAUUGGCUAUACUGGACUCUGACUAACAACUACCACACAGGUGUCCCAGCGUUCGAGAACCAGUCAGGAGGGGUUAUCAAGAUGCUAGAAGAUCUCAUGGAUCAAUUUGUCGGUGAGAAAUUCAAGGCCGAGAAGGAGGAUAGCAUCAAAGCGCAAGCCAGCGAUAAAAUUGUACUGACUUAUUUCUUUUCAGUACACAGUUAAUAUGGUUACCAGGUACUAAAAGUAUACCUUUCUCGCGAAGAUGAGUAGUUCGUGAAUAUUCUCAAGCAGAACAAAGUACAUGAUAGAGAUUCGUCUUUGUUCAUACGCACACACCGUUCCAUCAGGUAACCAACCUAAACGGGCAAAUCCGACUUGUGACGGAGGACAAGACCCGGUCUGAAGGUUCCAAGGCCAAGCAUGAUGCUGCUGCAGGUAAGGCUGCCCAGGACAAAGCGGAUGCUGAAGAAACACUCGGUAAGAAUCAGGCGAACGAGAAGAAGGUCGUUUCAACCUGCGCCAAGAAACAUGAUGAUUAUGAAGAAGGAAGUAAAGAACAGAAGAGACUACCAUUUUUAUCUUUCUCAAUCUCACACUGACAUGAAAUAGUCCUCCUCUAACUCUUCAUGGCCGUGCGUGAGAAUGUCCGCGCUGGUGAGAUCGAGGCCUUGGACAAAGCAACUGAGACUAUUGAGGGCAUUGCGGGUUUAAAAACUGCUGCAGGCUUGGCACAGACCUCCUUUCUGCAAAUGACUUCUCGACGAGGCGGAAACGAUAGACAAGUCGCUGUUGUUAUGGGCCGCAUAGAUGAAAAUGUUUUAGAAGAUUUAGAUUUCUAAUCGAGGAUUGAAGCGGAGCAUCCACUGACUACUUUGUGGAUAGAUGUGUAGAUAGAUAAGUCUCGUGGUAAUCUACAGAGCUAGCACUUCUCUAAUCCUCAGAAGGCCGUCGAUAUGUUGCGUCGUGCAGGAGAAGGACAGCGGUCAAAGCGAUUGCAGCUUUUGGCACUGCAGAUGGAGGGACGGGAAUCAGGACCGUUCGACAAGAUCAUGAAAAUGAUUGAGGGCAUGAUCCAAAAACGUACUUUUUUUAGAUUAUUUCCUAGAGGUGAGCAGUCUUGUUCUCCUUUACAGUUUUGAUUUUUGAGAAGAAUUUUUGGGAGUUUUUCGGAAUCAUACCCGUCAUUGUUCAUCUUCAACCCACACAUCAGUCGAGAAAGAGUCUGCCGAAGAGGAAGGAAAGAAUGCUCAAUGCGUGCAGAUGAUGACCGAUAACAAGGAAGAUAUCGCUGACUCGCAAGAGCGCUUGGAUGCGUUGAACAUCGAAAUUGAAAAGCAGACCGCAACCGUGGAGUUAUGGAAAUGAUUUAGUUUAGAUUUAGAAUUUCGGCUUGCUCAGUGAUGGUAAAGAAUGAUACCCACAACUACUGCUCCCUACGACUAAAAUCCCUCAUCUCACCUCCCUCGUCCGAAAUUCUAAUCCCCAGCAGCACCCAAAAGCUCGCUGAGCUGCAACAGGAGGCACAUACGUCGAGUGCUACUUUGGCCACGGCUGCUCGGGUGCGCGCGGAAGAGAAGAAGGAAAAUGCUGCCACUGUGGCAGAUGCCAAGGUGGGCUCCGAGGCCGUUGACAAGGCUAUCGGCAUCCUCAACGACUUCUACGGUGAGGCAGCCAAAAGCGAAUCGCUUGUACAGACUGAACAGGUAAUGUUACUGUGUAUACUUUGUCUUUGCGCUUGAGUUGUAUGAUUUAGAUUUUUUAGAUUUCCUGAUCUCACCUCGCAACUAACGCGUUAAAAUAUUGACUCGAUUUGCAUUUAGAACAAAACCUCUUCGUCAAUCUCGAAGUGUACAGACUCUUGGCAAAAGCUCUGUCCCCUUCCUCUUCAAUCAAUCUCAUUCAAUCUUCUUCACACCAGGUCGACGUCUCCGACAUGCCAGGAACAUUUGACGGACCGUACCAAGGACAGCAGUCUAUGGGUGGCGGUGUGGUCUCCAUCAUGGAGGUGAUCCUCUCCGACUUCCUGAAGCUGGAGCAGGAAACCACUGCCGCAGAAUCCGCUGCCCAAACGGCAUAUGAUUAUGGCUAGAAGAUGUGAACUACAGAGUCAAACACAACAAGAACUGUGAAUCUAAAUUAUCACCACAUGAUACGAUGAGAGGGAUCUUCUUCCAUAGUCUAUAACCUAAUCAAAGAGCUUAGUAGAAGCUGGAGCACGCUCCUACUUAACAACAUGAACAACAGUCAAACCUCGCCCUCUGCGUCUAAUCCAGGACCCUCGUCCAGGACGAAAAAGAGGCCAAGGCUGCUCGCGAUGCCCAGAUGAACCAUUUGGAGAAGGAAAAGGCUGACGGGAAAGCCGCCUUGACGCAGGCUACCUCAGACCUAGGCACCGAGAAGGAUACCAUGAAGGCUGCCACGGAGGCCAAGCGCGUCAUCGAGGUCGACAAGGGCUGCGUCUUUGGCGCAGGAAAGACCCCAGAUCAGAUGUUCAAGGAGAGAAGCGAUGCACGCAAGGCAGAGAUGGAGUCGCUGGAACAGGCACUGGAGGUGUUGAAGGUGCAAAUGUAGUAAUAACUCAAGGGAAGUUUAUUUUUUUAGAACGUGUGGAUGAAGGUUGUGGAGGUUACUUCUAGAGUUUGAAUAUAGAAGUAAAAAUCAAAAAAUGAGGUUGACGGGUCUUCAUAUGUUAUUGAUGUGACUAAGUUUAGAUUUUGUGAAGACAGGCCUAUUCCGUUGAUGUACGACUGUAGAUUGAAGAUUCAGAACAUCGACAUUGCUUUUAGACGAGAAAAAAAUGAACAACAUCAUGAAUGGAGCAUAGGGAUAGGUAUCAUUUUUCUGUUAUUGCAUAAAAUGAACAGAUGACGGCUGGCUUAUCGCAGCAUGCAUUACUCCAAAAACUCCCGUGUUUUCUAACGUUCACAAUUCAACAAGGUCCCCUGGAAACUACACAUUUCAGACAAUAGAACAAGCAAAAGUAAUUCCAAUUUCAUUUCAACAAUCACUGUUUUUUCGAUAUAUAGUGUGACUCACUUGCUCCUUUCGUGUAUAUUGGUUUCCGAAUAGUAUGCAGAUUCAGAUUGUAUUUGUGACUCAGACUUGAAGGGGUGUGCAUGUUGUGAGCGGGCGUUUCAGUCGUUAAAGAAAAGCAAAGCAAAAGCGGGUCCAGGUGCUGGCAAAAGUCGUGGAGAAACCGGUCUCCCCCCGCACUUGUGCUGCCCCAUAUUUCAGAUGACGGAAGCGUGGAAACAGCAGCACUGCCAGAUCUUUCUCUCUGUCGAUGGAGG